AUGAGUACACGACAAAACAAUGGGACGAGUUCAAUCAACGGUCUCUUGGAAGAAGGAAUCGGGAGUAUUGAUUUGGGCUGUAAUUUUACACCACGUCGCCUUACAGAAGCUGGAGAAACGGAUGUUAUGACUCGGGAAACAUUGGAGUUGCUAGAGCGGAUGCGAGUGGAUUUGAAUCAAAUGAAGAGUUCUGUUGACCUUCGUGAACAAACUGAACGGACUCUUUCAGUUAGAGCUGCACGCCAUUUGAUUUUAUCACUGAAAAAAUCUGAUCUAAAUUCACAAGAUAUGGAUCCUGUUUCGUGUCGUCGUCAACCUCGUGGUAAUUUUUAUUUUGUUCCCAUGGCGACAGCUCCACUAACGAGUUUUUCAUUCUUUGGUAGUAGUGUUAAUAGUAAUGAGGGAGUUGUUGCACAACAGCAACUCAUCGAACAUGUGCCUAGACAACAGUUAACUGAUACUGAUAAACCAAUCGAACAGCCUCCAUGGAAUGCUUCCACAAGUUUCCAGAAAGUUGAAAAGACAUCAACAACAAGAGAGGUACAAAGAAAGAUGUCUCCUGAUAUUGAAUCUGUGCGGAAUCAACGAAGAGGAUCUUCCAAGGUACCAGUUUUAUUACCAACCCGUGAAAGAACAACCAAUUCUCCUGUUUUGACAACUACCUCUCCUGUUUUGAAUUGUAAUCCUCCUGAAUCUGCCAUUUUUCAGAAGGAAGUUAUGGAGGAUAAAUUCAAGACAAUGGAUAAUCUUUUAUUAUCUGAUGAGGUACAGAUUCGUGAUUAUUUAAGACGUUUAAAUAUAGUAGGUUGUGAACCAACAGAAUUUCAGGAGAGGAUAGAUGAUGAUGUACUAAAUGGUAUCGCACUCCGUCGACUGGUGUCCCUUGUACUUAGUACUAGGGGAAAUAAAGAAAUCUUCACUAAUAGUACUACUACUACUACUACUACUACUACUACUACUACUACUACUACUACAGUUCCAUUAAAAGCUAAAAAUAUCGAAGAUGUUCGGCAGAAUUAUGUGGUAGCUCUUAAUGCACUGGGAAAUGCUGAAAAGUUAUUUUCACUUUGUAUUCCACGAGAAUGUCGUCUCAUACGUCCGGAGAGCGUUAUCGUAAGAGGUGACUCAAGUUCACUUUUUUUACUACUACGUACAAUUAUAAAUUCAUGCUUACCAACAAAUUAUAUACAUAUUUGGAGAUCUCCUUCUUUCUCAUGGCAGCCGGAUCUUUAUGCAGAGAGUUACACCCCUGAUAAAAUGCGUACUCUUGAGUUGGCAGUGUGUGGUUUCUUAUAUUCACAGGAUGUUCUUGCCGAUCCUAUAGCUCACCAACUUCCUCCUGAUGAUGCGGUUGUCCCAAGUGCUCUUAAUGCGCCUUUUUUACCACCCCAUAGAAAGCAAUGGUGUUUUAGAAAAGAGGAAUUUCCCUCUCUGUUUAUUCCUUCCGUGUUUCCUUUUCUUACAAAUGGUACAGUGUUGUGUGAUAUCGUGGAAAAGAUUACCGGUAAGCGACUCACUGUACACAGGAAUCCAAGGGUGAAGUCAAACUGUAUUGAAAAUAUUCAAGCAGCAUUUAUAGAAUUGCAGAAGUACUGUCCAUCAAGAAUGAGUUUUUUCUUUAUUAAUGAUCCUCAAAAUGUUUUCUAUGGUGACCGAAGGUACAUAUUAUUAUUGUUAGAGGAUAUUAUGAGGUUAGCAAAUGGCGCUGCUCCCAGACGGCGUGCCCCUUGCCGCACAGAUGUACCGUACUUGGGACCGAGACAUUUAUCCCAUGUAUCUCGUCCCGCCAUUUCUGAUUUACCCGAAGAAAAGUUAAUCUUGACAGCGUUUGAUGAGCCAAUAAAGCCUCCCAGUUCCUUCUUGACCAGUUGCCCCAAGAGGGAUCCUGGUGAUAAUGUUGGCGGUAAUAACAACAACAAUAAUAAUGGUGGUAGUGGUGGUACACGUUCAACAACUCCUGAGCGAACGGUUUCGCGUUGUGUUAUUGCCUCACCACUCUCAAGCGGCGGCACUGUAAAAUUAUCAUCGGCCCGUCCUGAAAGGCCUUCCUCUUCAUCUUUAGCUUUGCCAUGUGAAGCAAAUCACGAGACAUAUGUGAGUGGGUUUCCAUUCACAAUAUUUAAUAACUCAGUAUAUACGGAAUCAGACAUUGAGGCAAUAAAGAAAUGGCUUAUUGCUGUACUUGGUCCUGAUUUUCAUUACACUUCUGCGGAUACUUCUUUUUCAUUCUCGUGUAAAAAUCUUCAUAUACACGAGCGAUGCUUUCUCUUUUCCGAUGGUGUAAUUUUAGCACACCUCAUACGAACCUUAGAAUGCCGGCGUUGUACAGAGCUUGAGUCGAUUGAAGUGCACGCGAAGGCUCCUGCAGCAAAACGACGUAACAUCCGAAAGUGUGUUUCUUUUCUGCAAAAAGAAAAACGGGUUUUGCUCGAUAUACCGCUACUUGACGAGAUACUUCUUUCCGGUGAUAGCCGUGGUGUGUUAUACGUGAUCAACUGCCUCAAGUACACGUAUCGUUUCGCAGUAAAAGUAUAG